CCCCCUGGAUUCGACCCGUCCUCUGACGUUUUGCGCUUGUUUUUUUUGACGCACCUCGCACGUACGGCUUGUCGGCGUCGCUGAUCCCAAAAAAGCAAAUCUAGCUAUCUUUCGAUAACAUUACGCGCAUCUUGAGAUGAUGAUACGUGGAUAGACUUUACGGAUACGAAUUUCCAGCGAAACAAAAUUCUUUUUCUUACAAUCUUUGACGACUUAAAACUCUACGCGUCGCAGCUUUGCGGCGUACUGCAUCCUGCAUCUUUUCCUUCCCCCUCUUCAAAUCGCUGUGGUGAAGUAAGCUUAAACGCCGCUGUUAUAUCACGAAUUUUCACACAAUGACGGAUGAUGGAACGAUCGAAAAGGAAAAGCACAUGAAACAACUAAAGCGUAAGAUGGAAUGCUGGCGAGAGAUAAUACUGCCCUUGAAUUCCAUUCUGCUAUGGGAACGUAGCUGGCACCCUGGGCUGAUUGUCGGACUUGUAACAAUGAUAUUCUGUAUAAUGUGGAUUCUAGAACCAACCCUACUGACGAUGAUAUCUGUAUGUCUGUUAAUAUUUGCUCUUGUUGAUUAUCUUGCGCCGAUUUUGACCUCAAUCUUGUGCAACGUACAGAGUUGGACAGGACAGAAGGAAAAGAAGCUGAUUGAGGUCUGUCAAAAUCUCUCGACCACUAUACUACAAAUACAAGGCACAUGGAUGUGCAUCUCGAAAAUUCGACAUGAUCGUCCUAAUAUCUACUACAGUGCAACAAUCCUCUGUCUUAUUCUCUUUGCAUGGAUUGGUAACACAGUCAACAAUUUGCUUCUACUUUACAUCAUAGUGAAUGCAAUCCUUCUCACUCCAGGAUUCAGACACAAAGGACGAGCGCGCUGGGCUAUGAGAUAUGCAUAUAAUCAUUUAAUUCACCGCCAUUUAUCAUAAUUAUCGUUUUAUAUGUGCCCAUCAAAACUCUUCAUUGUGCAUACAUUCUGCCUUUAAUCCACCCUUGAUAUUUAAUUCAUUCAUAUUAUACUGCAAAACAUUUUACAAGUUUACAUGUAUAUCUCUUGUAUUAAUUUCAUUCUAUGAAGAAUAAUCAAAGUUCUCACUCUCUAAUUAAGUAAAAGAGAUCGAUAUAAUACAAUACGCUAAAAAAGAAUACAAUUAUCUUUAUCAUUCUAAAUAUAAGAAUUAAUCUCUUGUUUGCCAUAUGGAUUUUGUAUCUUGCAUAAUAGAGUUAUACUCAUUAGUCUAUUAUAUUGUUUUGUCACUUGUGAGAAUUAAUAAAAGACUUAUGUUUUACCAGAUUAAUUUAAGUUUUACUUAGAAUUGUAUAUAUUAUAAUUGUUAUUUAUUGUUGUUUUCUACAGUAUGUAAAAUAUAUCUUUGGUAUUAAAAUAUAUUGUAUGAAUAAAAAGAGAAAGAUGCUUUCAUGUAUUAUGUAUUAUGACAAUAAAAUGGGUGUUUUG